AUGACACUAAAUUUGUUCAAAGUAGUAAUAGCUACCAUGUUUUGUGUUGUACUGGUAAAUUGCGACUACGGAAGUCAAUGUAAGUGUUUUUAAAAUUAGGUUAUGUUAUUGUCGAUGUUGUUUAAGGCAAGUUUUUUAAAGUUAAAGGUUUUAAAAUUAUGUUUUUAGCAAUUUAUUUUGUCUCGGUUGGAGGACAAUCUUGCCCAGCGCCUUAUUGUGACAUAGCCUGCGCCAAGGUUUAUUCAGAGUUGGCCAAAACGUAAGUUAAAGCUAUGAUUGUUUUUAAAUGUGAUUUAAAGUUUAUUACGGCUUGGUUUUAUAAAAAACCAAAAAAUGUCUAUUUUUGAACGAAACUAGGCGAGGAACGUAAAUUUUAAUUUUUAGUCAAACACUGGCAGCAGCUCGAUGUCUGGGCGACUUGUGUUUAUGUUUGUUUGAUUUGUCGUUAUAA